AUGCCGCCCCAAAAGAGAUCAUCUGGCGACUCGGAACCUGCUAGGGGGGCCGAUAGAGCCGCAUCGGAUCCCAAGCGACGACGAGUAUCUCUGGCUUGUGACGCCUGCAGGAUAGCUCGAGAGAAGUGCGACGGCGAACGCCCACGUUGUGGCCGCUGUGUGUCUCAAAAUCGAUCCUGUUCAUAUACUCCAACAUCCAAGAAGAGGGGCAUCCAGAGCGGAUAUCUGAGGGCCAUUGAGCUGUCCCUGGCGUGGUUGCUGGAAAGUGUACCUGACUGCGAGGAAGCUUUGUAUCGACUGCUUGUCAAGGAUGGCGGAAAAGAUGGCGUGAGCGUCCUUGUGAGCAAAGGCAGGUCUUCGAGCCGGUUGCAGAAGCAAUGGAGCAAGUGUCGGGUUCACCAGGAGAUUGAAACAUUACUAUGCCAAGGCGGUACACAAAAGGAAGAUACAUCCGCUGCUGGGAACUCGGAUACAGAUGCCAGUAACAUGGAGGAAUCGAGUAAUGAGACGAGACAGCAACCAGGGGAAUAUCACGGGAUGACUACGACGAGCCUCGGGAGCCUUGGCACUUGCUCCUCGUUGAAGGAGUCCAGCCGAGCUCAACAUCGGGCGUUGAAACUUCCAUCAAAUUAUCGGCAUCUUCUCGAUAUAUACUUUGCGUAUACUCACUGCUGGUUUCCUAUACUGGACCGGGACGACGUUUUCGCCACCGCAGAUACAUGCGCUUCCUUGGCCUCGAGUGCAUAUGGCCAUACGAGGGAGAGUAAGAACAUUUCAUCGACGGACCUUGCCGUCCUCUGGUCCGCCUUGGCCAUUGCGACUUUGCAGGAUGCACACUCUUCAGCUCCUACCAUGAGUGAGGAAGUUAUGUCGCCAGCUGAGAUUUUUGCAGUGGCACGCCGCUUGGUUCCGCAAGAGGAGGACCAGCUCGAUAUAUCAGACAUUCAGGCACUUCUUCUUCACGCGAUUAUACUCGUUGGCCGCGAAAAUAUGCUGGGAGCCUCAGUAAUAGCCGGAAAAGCUGUGCGUCUCAUCUCAUAUAUGAGGUCAAGCAGGCUAUCUCCAACACACAGCGAGGUGCAAAGGUCAACCCUGGAGAGGCUCGCUGCCGCUUGCAAUGUGGUCGAGGCGCUGACCUCGAUGUGUAUUGGUCAACCUUCUUACCUAUUGGACAUUGACAAUCUCCGAGCGAAUGGACUACCUCGGGAUGGCUCGGAGUCGACCGAUACUUUCAGUCCAGUUUACGGCUUCGGGAAAAUGUCGCCAAGUUCUGAUUCUGUUCGUCCCCAAACCGCACAUUCGCUUGUGGCCCUGGACCAACUAAGUCGAUUUGCUCAAAUAUUGAGUUCUCACGCGGCUGGGAAGCUUCAAAAAGACUGUUCCGUCAAGGCCGUAACCGUCGGGGAUCUCGUGUCAUCGUUGAAUCCGCAGUUUGGCUUCUGCAACUCUGUCAUUGCUGGAGAGGCACCACCCAUGUUACCGUCUGCUUUCCUUGUCCAGGCAAUGUUUCUGGCCACGACUGUCGAGCUCGUCCCAGGCCAGCGAUCUUCACUUAUAUCCAACUUCUUGGAGGUGGUUGAGUCUAGCAUCUCGAACUUUGGGGCUUGUGGCACACCACCCAUUACCGUUGCGCUCUUUACACUUGUUCAACAAAAGGGGGCUAUAGGUGAAAUGCGGACAUCUGAAGCCAACAGGUGGAAUGCGGCAUUGAACGCGAUCAAAGCCGUGUGGCUGCAAGAUGAGACGGCAAAAAGCACAAUCUGCAUAUCGCCGGAGACAUCGACCACAAAUAACAGCUCCUGGGCAAGAAACCUCGGCUCAGAGUCGUCGAGACGGAGUGGUGGACUGGGUCAGCGUACCAGAAAUUCCCAAGAAGCUUUAACAGAAUCCUUUAGCCAAGGAUAUGGAUUUCUCCCAGCGGAUAUGGAGACGACCACUGGCGACAAUCUGUAUCCGGCAAACCAGCAUAAAUGUUCUCCCGCGCAGCUCCCACCGCAUCUGGGGAUGCUAUUCUCGCCAGUUUCAGGGAUCACGGCGCAGCCAGUUGGCCAUGAUUUACAAGCUGCAGACUCCCAAACUGACGGGGUAGAUUACGAUGCUAUCUUUGAGGAGCUGGGCCAUAUCGACUAUGCCGAAAGCAUCGGCAUGGAUCCCCAGUUUAUGAUGAAUCUGGGAUUCGCCCCUGGCUGUACGCUGGAGGAGAUGUUUCAAGCGGAGUCUAGGAUCUUAUAG